AUGGCCGACUCUGGUGAUGUGAGCUACCCCAACACGGGCAGCCCUGUUGUCGAUAGCGUCAAGUCUGAAGCUUCCAAGACCAGCGGAGAGCUCCGCGACCUGAAGAACUCACGUGUUACUCCUUCGACCACCACCGAAAAUGGACAACCCUUGACCCACUACCACUCCCUCCUCUAUAGCCUCCUGAGCUGGGAGCAGCCCCGCGCGACCGCGGUGUCUUAUGCCAGUGUUGUCGGAUUCAUCUUCGCCGCCCGCUAUCUGCCCCUCCUUCGCUGGGCCUUCAAGUUCCUGUACAUGUCGUUGGGAUUGACCGCUGCUGUCGAGAUUGCCGGCCACCUGAUCCUCAAGCAAGGCAUUGCUAGCUCUUUCCGCCCCCGUCGUUACUACACCAUCCCUAAGGAAACCCACGAGGCCGUCCUUGAAGACCUCUCUCAGCUGCUUGACUUCUUCCUGAUCGAGUUCCAGCGAAUUCUGUUUGCCGAAAAUGUCGUUCACACUGUUGCUGCCUUUACUGCCGCCUUCACCGGCUACUGGAUGAUCCGCUUCGUUCCCCUCUGGGGACUCGCCGUGAUCUCCGUCACUAUUGCCUACUUCGGUCCUCUGGUCUACAUCAGCAACCGCGAGAUCAUCGAUGAGCAGAUCGAUAACCUCCAGGCCAUCAUCAGCUCUCAGACCAACCAGCUGAAGGAUCUCGCUGGCGAGCGGACCUCUCACGCGACUGGCCUGAUGAAGCAAUAUGUCGGUGACUACAGCUCCAAGGCCCAGGAAUACAUUGGCCGCCGGUCUGCUUCGCCUGAGAUGUCCAAGACCAAGCUGGUUUCGCCCAUCGUGAAGGGCGACGCAAACCCUGAGCCCGUAAUCAAGACCGAGGACUUCCCCGAGGCCCCCAAGGUUGAGCCCGCGUCGGAGCCCGUCUCUCAGCCCGUCGAGUCGGUUGAGCAGGAGCGUGAGCCUCUCCUGGCGGCUUAG